AUUCAAUAGCGCAGACUCCACCCGCACAGGCACUCCAAGAACAUAAUCAGGCGUUCACAAUCUUUUACCAAGAACUCGCGCGGAGUUUGGAUAUUGUACACAUAACUGUGGCGGGAGAUGUUGGACCGAGGAGGAUAGAGACGACUUCGUUGUUUUUAUAUCUCAAAUUGUGUCGAAACAAAGUCGGAUAUCAGGAAGAAUUGACGCUUUUGCUGGAGGGAGACGCAACGAUGGAGGAUUUCGGAAUUUAUGCGCUUUUCGGUGUGAACGGUCCGCCUCAGAGGCUGCUAAGUGCUGAAGGUUCGUGCAGGGUGGCGGUUGCAGUUCCUUCAGGUGUCCGUCAGGUGGUGCUGUUCAGCAGCGGUCCGUGGGGGGAGAGGAUCUGCGUCAACGCGGAGCUCAACGAUGCUGACCGGAUGCCCAUCACCAUCGGCAAACUGACUCCAUAUAACAAGUGCCUGUCGUGGGAGCAGUGGGAAGAGGAGACAUGGACAGACAGCGUCACACUGAAUGUCACUCUGGAGGGAGGAAACCUGGUAAAAGCAGACUGGGCAGAACCAGAGCUCGUUCUGGCUGUGAAGGAGUACACGCCAAAGGACACGGUGGCUCCCCUCGCAGCCCGGGAGCUCAACGGCAAGAGGAAGCGAGAACGAACGUCAGAGGAGGACGGUGAUGAGAAUAGGGUGACGAAGAGAGGGGAAGAAGAGAACAUGUGUCCAAACAGUGGCGUGGAGAAGACCACACCUGUGCGUAAGGCCAGAGGUCAAAGCAAAGCGGGCCAGAAGCUGUUCAGCAGUGGAGGAGAUGCAACAAAGAUGAAGGGAGCAGCUAAUGGAGCAGGAGAAGCGCAAGGGAUUGCGGGAAGGACGCCUCCUCAGAGUGCAGCCAGGACAAAGAGUAGGCAGGCCAAGACUCCCACACAGAUGGCCCCAUUGGUCAGCCCGUCAGGUCGCUGGGGUCAGACUCUGUGUCCCAUCGAUACUCAGACAGCUAUUCUGAUUGGAGGGCAGGGAGCCAGGAUGCAGUUCUGCAAAGAUCCAAUGUGGAAGCUCUGCACAGAGGACAUGUCCUGGGUUGCAGCUGAGACUCUGGCAGAGGGUCCAACACCUGAGGCCAGGAUCGGCCACACGGCCGUCUAUGACCCAGACUCAAGGAGGAUCUUUGUGUUUGGAGGCUCAAAGAACAAAAAGUGGUUCAAUGACGUUCACAUCCUGGACACGCAGAGCUGGAAGUGGACCAUGGUGGAGGCUCAAGGUAAGGUCCCUCCUCUGGCCUACCACAGCUGCAGUAUGUUCCGUGGUGAACUGUUUGUGCUUGGAGGAGUGUUUCCUUGUCCGAACCCAGAGCCCGACGGCUGCAGCGACUCACUGUAUAUCUUCGACCCCCACCUGUCCAUCUGGUACCAGCCUAUUGUAACAGGCAACGCACCAUCCGCCCGCUCAGGUCACUCUGCAUGUGUGAUGCAGGAGAGAAAGAUCUAUGUGUUUGGUGGAUGGGACACUCCUGUCUGCUACAAUGACAUGUACAUGUUGGACCUGGGUCUGAUGGAGUUUUCUGCUGUGAAAACAACUGGGACAGCCCCGUCUCCUCGAAGCUGGCACGGCAGCGCUGUGCUCUCAGACACACAGUUCCUGAUCCACGGAGGUUACAAUGGAAACAACGCUCUCAGCGACACCUUCAUCUUUGACACAGACACCAACAGCUGGACGGAGGUGACACUCCCUCAGCUGUCUGUCCCCAGGGCGGGACACUCCAUCAUCACGAUGCAGGCAGGCGGUCACCACCUCUUCUCAGAGGUGGAUGAAGUGGUGGACGCUGACUCCGGCAGCAGAACUCUGCUGGUGUUCGGAGGUGGCGACAACGAGGGCAACUUCUACUCCGACCUGACGAUAGUCGCGGUGGAGGAGCUGCUCACUGCUAUUUAAAGAGUGAGAGUGGGUCAGAGGUGAAUCCUCACUGCCUGACUGGAUAUGAAACAGACUCUUUAUUAUUUAUAUGUCUAUAGGUUGUCUUCGUCUCCUUUGGUUGUUUCAGCCCUCUCUUCUUUCUUUUGUUUUUUUGAAAGGGUUAGAAAACUUGAGUAGUGGAGUAACAUGGUUCAUGUUGGAUGUACAAUCUGGGCAUUUCUUGAAUACAUAUUACAUACAUCUUUUAAAAACAAGCUUUAAAGAAAAGAGAUUCCUCUCCCCUUGUGGAUCCAUAUUAACAAGAACAAAGUUUUUAUGUUCAUAAUUUAAAGCUUUUCAAGUUUUUCCUCAGGUCUAAUGUAGGCUGCCAAUCUUCUGUCGUAAGCUCACGCCAUAAGCUGACUCCUCUUCCCACUUUAUGAUCAAUUUAUUUUGAGUACUUUUUUUUUUUUAACAUCAAAAGCCUUGAUGAUUCUGAGCAUGUCAAACUUGCAUGCAAGCGGACUCCUCUGCUGCUUCACACCUCUUCCAUCCCCACCUGUACCUGUCUUCUUCAUCCCCAGAGUUAAAGUCCUGUUACAUGUCCCCCAUUGUCAAACUGGACUCUGUACGUUCCAGUCUUGCUGUGUUCAGUUGGAGGCUGCUGAGCCCAGUUGAACUGUCCACACACCUGCUCCAGACCCACUUACUGGUGGUCAAAAACUCCUGUGCUUGUAGUGUAUUUGCCAACACUCCCCCUAGUUAGCUGUGCAGCUAACUAGAAGCUACAGUUCGCAGCAGUCAGCAACUUCCGUGUUGCAGCUAUUUGAUGCAUUCGUGUUCAGGUGGCAGCCGUAGUAAAAUGUCUUUUUAUUUUUUACGUAUAUAUGUUGUUUCAUGUUGCUCGACAGCGGCGAGUGCAGUAAUUGUAUUUCAUAAUGCUCAAAAUCGCAUUCACUUCACUUAUUCACUUAAUAAACAUUUGAUUUUAUGGUGCCUUUUAA